AUGCAAACAAGACGUCGCAUUCGCAUCGUCCGACAUCCAUGUUUGGUAUCCACCAUACGAUCCCUAGGGAUUUUCCAGCUGAAGCGAGGAACCGCUCCCACCGUCUGUGAUGAGAGAACUUGGAGAAAUUUGGUGGCAGAAGAAAUGUGUAUACGAAUCGCUUGUUGGGUCUUCCUUGCGGACGGAUUCCUCACAGUCUGCUUCAAAAACCACCCAUCAAUAUCGGUCUUUGAGAUGGACUGUCAUUUUCCUUGGAGCGCCGGGCUAUGGGAAGCCGAAAGCGCAUCUUCUUUCAGCAGAAUUGCCAUGUCGCACUCGACGGAGCUCCCGCUUCCUCCCCUGAAAGAUGUUGUCACGCAGUUACUCGAAACUCCUCUCAGUAAUGACCCAAUACCAUGGGGUCUUUCGGUAUCAGUGGAGCAUCUCCUGAUUCUGAUUUAUGCCAUUAACUCCCUCGCAUUCCAAGCGAGAGCCGGCUUAUUAAGAUAUCUAUCACUCGAUAGAAUACGCCGUGCGUCUGGUAAUUGGAGGCGCAUCUGGGAUUCUGUAAUUGGUCUCCUUAAUAAGGAUCAAUUCCUUCACCUUGGGUAUCCAAAACACGCUCAGGAGCUUUGGUGGUUGUUGAAUGCCACGCUGGAUGCUACUGGUAGAUCUGAUGUCAGCCUUCGGUAUAUGGAUAACACUGCCACCGAUGACCUGGGGAAUUUGAAUGAAUUCAUUCAAUGGUGUCACCAAAUUUCGCCAUAA